AUGCGGUCAAUCUGCGACUUUCUUUUCCUUCAAGCUGUGUUCAUUGGUUUUGCCCGACACACCAAAGGAACUGCGACGAGGCAGUGCCCCACGUUUACUUCUUGUAUUGACAGCUAUGCUGACAUUUAUAAAUCUCUAGCAUCAGAGGAGAACAGUUUCAACAUUGAAUCAGCUCUUUAUCCAGCAACGAUGCCAUCAUCACUUGUAGUUAAAGUAGAGUUUAUUACACACAAUGAAACAUCAGUGGCAAAUUACACUUGGAGUUUAAACUGUUUAUAUGUUGCUAUUCCUCCUCAAGUCCUUCAACUCUUAUCGCUUGGCUCAGUUCUUGUUACACCACGCACACAAGAGCUGAAAAUCUGCAUCCCCUAUUUCUGUACAAAUUUUUCAUCGACCAAGGAACAAAACGACCUGAUGAAAGGUGUUCUCGCUGCGGUACGUAAUUUCACAUUUAGUGUUUGAUAUUUUGUCAUAUACAGGCUAAUAAACCGACAUAUUUAGCUAUAUUUGUUAAAAAAUGUUUUUCGGCUAAAUGGGUUUUCUAUCAGACAUCUGCAUUGAUGACCACUGUUAAUUCGAAUUCAGUCCUGUCUGUACAUGAACAAAUCUUCGCCGGGGAUGUAAUCACUUACGCUACCAGUAGCUGUCACAAUAUUUUUAACUUCAGUUCAAAGGCGAGGUUUGCGAUUUUGUAGCGUACUACAGAAGUGGCAGUAAAACUUUCGAGAUCUUUUUCAAUUUAAUAAAAAGAAAAUUCGUAUAGCCCUUUUACUACAAAUAUGGAACUUGCAAAGCUCGUUUUUGGUUAUUCAGUCUUCCAGGGCCAGCAUAAAUUGUUCACCGAUGUUGUAUUGGUUGUUUAAUAAUUUUUUGCUUUUUUUACAUUUAGGGAAGGAACGUUUUUUAUUGGGGGAGGUGGGUGGGCCGAGGCUUUAGAGGGAUCAGGAGGGUCCUUAGUAAAUUUUUUACUAACUGGGGAGGGUCAAACCUGUUUUAUUCUCAACCGGGGGAGGGUCACAGUUUUUUUGGCAAGGAAGAAAUUACUCCAUGUCGCUUCUAUUUUUUAUAUAGAAGCAAAGCUACCAGUCAAAGAUCAGACUGAGUCAAGAUUAUCUAAAUUAUUUACAGGUGUCAAAGCUUCGCGAACUUCCCACUGGGGCUUUCUUUCAGUCACGAAACAGUAGGGACAACUGGUCCAAAUUUGGUAGAAUACUAUUUGAGAAUUCAGUAUAUUCGCCCUUUGGGUUCGGGAACCACCCUAGGUCUUCAUCUUUCCACUUCUCUGGAGUUGCGCUUUCACUUGUUCCCGCAGCCGAUGUGCCACCAACAGAGUCAGAAGAGUAGCGGGCAUUCUUUUUAGAAUGGCGAGUCGGCAAACAGCCACAAUAGCCACAAGUUGCUCCAUCUGACCUCAUGAAAUCCUCGCAAUCACCACUAGCACAUUUCCCUCUUUCUAUUCCUCGAACAUCCUUGCCCAUUUUUUUAAAAGUUUUCACCGUACAAUCAAACGCCACGCAAUUAACUACUUUGUGCGCAGAUGAACGCGGUUAUAUGAGUAACAUUUCCAGUUUGUUAUUUUCACUUCCGUUUAUUUUUGUCUUGGAUAGGUCGGGGGGGGAGGGUCAGAUGUUUUUGUUUGGGUAUUUCUGAAGGGUCAUGCAUUAAUCCAUUCCAGGAAGUGGGAGGGCCACGACUUUUUUCGCCAAAAAAUUCUAAAAUACCCCGGCCCACCCCUCCCAAUAAAAAACGUACCUUCCCUUAAAACUGGCAAACGUGCAUCAUUUUAGAUUCAUCAGAGCCGUGUAGGCGCUAAAAAGAGCUUGUUCAACCAGUUCCGGUUUUAUUAUAUUACUGACACGAAUGUUCCGAUAUAACAUUACAAGAAUGGCCUGGAAUACGACCUUAAUGCUUGUCGUGAAUGCCGAAGGGCCGUUCUUCAUGUUCACGAUAUCACAGUUUAAAGUAAAACAGGGUUUAUUUCACAGCUUCGAUCCUCACAGUACAAUGGCUCGCUCACACACUACACACUCUUACAGCAGCUUCUCUGAGUGGUAACCAUCUCGUCCUGUAAUGAGAGAUUUGACGACAUACUUCAAAGUUGUCUCGGCGCUUUGUCCCCGUAGACGCAAACAAUAUCUCCGACCUUAAUCGUUGGCUUCUCACAUGUUCUCAGGGCUUCUUUUUACUCGAAUUGAACACGUGAUUCUGUUAAGUAUUCCUUCUGCCAACGUUUCCAAAAAUGUAAAAGUACAGUGUUCAAUAAGCUUAAGACUGUAGAUUUGGCUGAUUUCAGUUCGCAGAACUCUUCCUCAGCCUGUACAUUUAGACGCUGGACUGGCCAGUAGGCGCUAAUUUGAACUUGUUUCUUCACCUUAGCUUCAAGAUCUGGCGGUGAGUCCAGGGAUACGGGAUCCAAGACUAAACACAGCAGAAUGCGUUAUAAAGGGACACGAAACAGACAUAAUGGCUACCGGACCUCUGCGAAGUUCCUACAUAACAGCAAUUUUAUGGUGCGCUUGUUUAUUCUCAUUCUGGGCUGGUCCUUUUAUAGCCGAGGUUAUUAUAGGUGUGUUAAAAGAAAAUGCAAAAGAAAAUGUCGAGUCUCUCUGUUGCUGGUGUAAGUGUGUUCGUGUACGACGUACCCAGGCUUCACCCGUGGAGACCGAACUAAGUGCAUUAAACUCCCCUACAGAACCUCCGCAAUCAGGCGCGUCUCCAGACUCAGGAGAAAACGGCAGGAAAGAGACUCACGAAAGAAUUUUAUGUUGCCAAGUUUGUGACAACCAGCAAGACCCCAUGAUAAGCUCUGUUGUCUGUGUAUCCCAUAUAUUAUUUUGCAUUGAGAUUGUGAUAUUAGUAUUUGUGUUUAGAUGUUCCAAAUCAGGAAAUGCUCCUAAUGACAUUUAUAUAACGCUCGGCCCGCUAAUUUUAGAAGGUAUAGUAUUAACUUGCCUCGAAAAAUGCCGAUGUUGUAAAUGUAACCCAUGUAACGCGCGUAUAAAAGCUGUCAUAAGAUCUUCUGUAACCCUUACUGUUUACCAUUUUUGUUGGCUGGUGAUUGGAAUUAUGAUUAAUCCAGUAUGGGGACUAACCGUUUGUUUGAUGGCCUGCAUUUUCGUCCUCGCGUUAACCUUUAUACUCUACCAGAUUUUUAAAUUAGAAGAUUGGCAAUGCAGUGGACCGUGCAUAAAACACAUCUUCAUAUGUUUUGGUGCGUUUUGUGGUGGUUGCUCUUUUGUCGUGUUAGCAGUUUUGGCGGGGCAGUCGUUUUAUGGUAGGGAGACUGCGGAUGAGCUGGUGAAAACUGUACUGUUGUAUGUUAUCAGCGGUUUUAUUUCAUGGUUGUCUUGGAAACGUAGAAAUUAGUGAAGAAACAAGGAGAAAACUGCUUUAUCCAGUGGCGGAUCCAGG